AUGUUGAUUACAAACCUUGUACUAUGUUUGCUUUUUGCAUUCAGUUCAGCUUCUCCAAAUCUGUUCGGAACUGGAAGAGUAAGUAAAAUAUCUUAUACAGUUGCUGACAAAAAUUCAGAUGGAAAAUUAGAUCUCAACGAGUUUAAAACAGAGUUAAUGAAAUACAAUUCUGAUAAUACAUUGUCUCAGUCAGAAUUAUCCAACAGUAUCAUACCUUGGUCAUAUUUCCAAUCCAAUGGAGAUGUGUCAAAUUUCUGGAAUGCAUUUCAUACAAUAGAUAAAAAUUAUGAUGGAAGUUUAUCCUUCGAAGAAGCCAGAUAUCCCUAA